AGUUGGUGGCAAUUUACAACGGGACAGAAGCAAAAGGAGAAGUUUGUGUCUUAUGAUAGGCUAUUUUAUUGCCAGAGGAUCUACGGUCAUAUUUGAUGAUUUUUUGUCAGUUUAACGUGAAAAACGGAGACUUAUCAAAGCGGCUGUUUAUUGAUUACAUGACGUCAUGGUCAAGUUGACGGAGCAAGAAAGACUCACUGUCAGAACCGUUUGGGAAAACCUUGAUAUUGAUGAGAUUGGACCACAAAUUUGGACAAGAGUUCUGAUUGUCUACCCCUGGACUGAGAGAUAUUUUGGCACCUUUGGAGACAUCUUCACAAACACUGCAAUUCUGAACAACGCCAAGGUUGCCGCCCAUGGAAAGGUUGUGCUGAACGCUCUGGACAAAGCGGUGAAGAACAUGGACAGGCUCAAAGACACUUACGCUUCUCUGAGCAGGUUGCACUAUGAAGAACUCAACGUGGAUCCAGAUAACUUCAGACUGCUGGCAGACUGCAUCACCGUCACCGUCGCCUGUAAACUCAAGAGCGCCAUGAACCCUCAGGUCCAAGCAACAUGGCAGAAGUUUCUGUCUGCUGUAGUUGAGGCCAUGAACAGUCAGUACAAAUGACUUCAAGUGUGGAUAACAUGUUCAAAAUAAACCAAUGUGUAUCCUUGUCUGUUUGUCAGCUUAUCCUCAAUGGCAGAAUUUGAUUUCCAGUUCAGUUAUCAUUUCAAAUGUCAGAUAAAUUAAAAUGACCUGAUGUAUGUAAUAUCUGGGCACCUCAGAGUUUUCAAAACCUAAGAGUGUCAUAUCCACCCUUUUUAAAUUAAUUUAAUUUACAUAGCACUGAUUCCCAGAAAAAGUCCUUACAGGAUACUUAGAGAACUUAAACAAGUUAAAAGUCAUGUUAAAUGCAUUCCAUUCAUCCAUCCAUCCAUCCAUCAUCAAUACUUAGUACUAUUCAUGAUCACAGGGGGUCUGCUAGAUUCAUUGUGUUCUAUCAACAAUAUAAAGUACAUCAUUCACAGAAUACAACAGUUUACUGUACAUACAGUUUUAUUAUGUAAAGUUCAAAUGUUAUAGGAACAAUCUAAUAAAAGAUCAUUU